CGGUGCUGUGUUCUGCUAUUCUUUUCCUGUGUCUUGAUCGGUUUGACGACUUUUGAUUUUUUUCAUCCUGUGCUACCCGGGAGAGCUGGUCGCAUCGUUGUUGUCUGUUGUCUCGAUUUGCCUGCCCCCCCCACUCUCGAUCGUUAUACGGCCGUUGUUCAGAUUUUCGAUCGGACCACACGAAAUAAUGGCGCCCACCAAGCCCUCCGUCAAAGGCAAGAGCUCGUCGUCCAAGGGCGACGCCUCGAAGGGCAAGCCCCUCUCGUCCGGAACCAAGAUCAGCAAGAAGAAUGUCAAGCGCCCGCCGCCACAGGAAAUGAAGUCGAAGGCGCGCACGGAGAAGAGCCAGUUGAAGAAGACCAAGAAGAGAGUGUACACGGAGGAGGAACUGGGUCUGCCCAAGUUGAAUGCGAUCACGCCCGUGGGCGUGGUGAAGCCUAAGGGCAAGAAGAAGGGGAAGACUUUUGUCGAUGAUGCGGAGGGAAUGAUGACCAUUCUUGCGAUGGUCAACGCGGAGAAGGAGGGCCAGAUUGAGUCGAAGAUGAUGAAGGCUCGCCAGUUGGAGGAGAUCCGAGAGGCCAAGAGAAAGGAGGCGGAGGCUAGAAUGGCCCAGAAGAAGUCGAAACUGGACGAUGUGAAGCAAUCGAUCCGCCAGAAUAAGAAGCACAAGGGCGAUGCCGGCGCAUCCAAGGCCGAUGCCCCGUCCGGCGGGUCGUCGAAAUCAAAAGGAAAGAAGAAGAGCGUUUCGUUUGCUUGAGGUGGUUUUUUUGUACAAAAGUAAUUCUGUCUAUACCGGGUCUAUGUAUUUAGAUGGGUCUUUGGCGUUUAUACUGGUCUAUGUCUUCCAAAACAAUGGCGCGCAUGACACUC